AUGGACCCGGUUCAGGCCGCCAUGUUCCGGCCACCGGAAACUCCUCGUGAGCCCAUGGAGUUUCUCUCGCGCUCCUGGAGCGUCUCAGCCCAAGAAGUAUCCAAAGCCUUAUCUCCUUCCCCUGGCCAAGGCCAAGGCCCACUCGCAAAGCUCAACCUCAGCUCUGCUGUUAAUGGCGGUGGUGGGCCCAUACCUGAGGACUUGGCCGGAGAGUUAGACGAGAGUGCUAGUUUUUCUGGGAACCCUUUUUCGUUUGCUUCCUCUGAGACCUCUCAGCUUGUAAUGGAGCGUAUUAUGUCACAAUCUCAAGAGGUAUCUCCACGCACCUCAGGUCGGCUCUCACACAGCAGCGGCCCUCUCAACGGUUCCUUAACCGACAGCCCACCUGUCUCUCCCUCUGAAAUUGACGAUGUCAAGUAUGGCCGCUCAAACAACCACCACAAUACCGGGUUUAGAGCCACCGGUGCUGGCGGCACCGCCACGUCCGGUGGUGGAAAGACGGUGGGUAGGUGGCUUAAGGAUAGGAGGGAGAAGAAGAAAGAGGAGACCAGGGCGCACAAUGCCCAGCUCCAUGCUGCUGUUUCUGUUGCUGGGGUGGCUUCUGCCAUAGCCGCCAUUGCUGCUGCCACUGCCGCCUCAUCUGGGUCCGGUAAAGAUGAGCAUAUGGCCAAGACUGACAUGGCCGUGGCCUCUGCUGCCACAUUGGUUGCUGCACAGUGUGUGGAGGCGGCUGAGGCCAUGGGGGCUGAGCGAGAACACCUUGCUACAGUAGUCAGCUCUGCCGUGAAUGUCCGAUCUGCUGGCGAUAUCAUGACAUUAACGGCUGCCGCAGCAACAGCUUUACGUGGUGCAGCAACAUUGAAGGCAAGGGCAUUGAAGGAAGUGUGGAAUAUAGCAGCAGUUAUUCCUGUCGAGAAAGGGGUAGGAGUAGGUGGUAAUGGUAAUGGUAGCAACGGUAAUUCCAACAGUAGUUUCAGUGGAGAACUUGUUCCUGAAGAGAAUUUUCUGGGCGUCUGCAGUAGAGAAUUACUUGCUAAGGGUUGUGAGAUCCUCAAGCGCACCCGCAAAGGUGAUCUUCAUUGGAAAAUUGUCUCUGUUUAUAUCAAUAGGACGGGUCAGGUUAUGCUGAAGAUGAAGAGCAGGCAUGUUGCUGGGACCAUCACAAAAAAGAAAAAGAGUAAGUCACUACUUUUGUCUUUCACUAAUAAUUUGAUCAGAAUGGAGGUGGCGGGGUCUUCUUCCAUCUGGGGAUUUGCAAAAGCUAGCAGUCUAGUGGGAAAAGAUCAAAAGGAUUCUUCUUUAAUUCCAUCUUCUUUUGAAUUUACAGAUGUGGUGCUGGAGGUUAUUAAAGAUAUGCCGGCUUGGCCUGGUCGCCACCUGCUCGAGGGCGGUGAGCACCGGCGUUACUUUGGACUGAAAACAGUUAUGCGCGGAGUUGUAGAAUUCGAAUGCCGGAGCCAGAGAGAGUAUGAUAUUUGGACUCUCGGCGUCUCAAGGCUCCUCUCCAUUGCUGCAGAAAGGCACAAUAGACAUAGGGUUUGA